AUGCCGUUUCCACACACCAGGCUCAACCGUUUCAGACUCCGUCCUGCCCAGAGCCCGCUGGGGAGCAAGCGCGUGAAGCCAUCGUCCUCCAAGAAGAAAGCCAGAGACCCCAGCCCCACCGAGAUGAGUGUGGAGCCCUGGGCCAGCCCGCAGGACCAGGCAGCCGCUGAGCAUCCACACAGCACGCUACCCGCCCAGGACCAGGAGCAGCACCCCGACAAACUCUGCCUGGACUCCUUCUGGAGCGAGGUGGAGACCAUCCGACAGGGGAGUGGCUACACGGACCUGGACUGCAGCAGGAGAGACUCCCGACAGUCAGAAGAAGGUGAGCAGGAGGAGCAGUGGUUGGCUGACGCUGGUUUGUCCAACCUCAUCGGCGAGGACAGCGGAGAUGUGGACAAUGAGGUGUUGCUGUCCACUCUGACCCGCACGCAGGCCGAGGCCGUCCAGCGCCGACUGGACUCCUACACGCUCUCCCUCCGCAAGAGGAACAAAUCAACGCCCCGCGACGUUCGCGACAUCUUCAACUCUCAGACUCUUCUGCCUGACUCUCAGCACGGUGAAGACCCGGCCCAAGACAGCAUGGCUUCUGUUGCCAAGACACCACUCUCAGCUCUGACACCAGAGCACCGGCGAGGUGUCCCUAAAGAGGAAUUCUUCAUCACCGACGUGGCUUACUGCGAACAGGCCGUCAUCUUCCUCAAACAGGCCAAACUGCCGCAUAACAACAGCCAACGCAGGAAGGAGGACGGGACCCUGCCUCGGGUGAUCUGCCCCAAGUGCCGCCUCGGAGUGACUCGGAUCCAAGAUCUCUCCCACACCGACAUGAAGAAGGUGCGUCAGCUGGCUCACAUCGACAUGACGGCGCUGAGCGACCUCCUGGAGCUCGAGGUCAAAAGGCACAAGUCGGGCAAGAGGAAAAUCCCAGAGAGCUCUCUCUUCGGGGUGCAGUUGGCCACGCUGCUGGACAGCGAUCAGAAAGUGAAGCCCAACACCUCCACGCCUCUCUUCCUGCAGGCGAUGUUGUCGUUUCUGGAGAAGAAAGGAGUCGACUCAGAGGGGAUCCUGCGGGUACCAGGGUCUCAGUCCAGAAUCAAGCUGCUGCAGCAGAACUUGGAGGCAAACUUCUACUCGGGUCAGGUGAGCUGGGACGAAGUGAGUCCAAACGACGCCGCCGCACUGCUGAAGAAGUUCAUCCGGGAGCUGCCCGCUCCUCUGCUCACCGCCGAGUACCUCAACACCUUCAGCGGCGUCAGAGACAUCACAGAGCUGAAGCAGAAACUCCACAUGUUGAACUUGCUCAUCCUGCUGCUGCCUGAGCCCAACAGGAACACACUGAAGGCUCUCCUUGAGUUCCUCAGUAAGGUGGUUUCCAGGGAGAAGAGGAACAGGAUGAACCUUUGGGCCGUGGCAACCAUCAUGGCUCCAAACCUCUUCCUCCAUAAGGCCAUCCCCAGCCGACUGACGGAGGGGGCAGAGAAGGGACAUGCGGAGAAAGCAGCUGAUGUCAUGAGGCUGCUCAUCCGCUACCAGGACCUGCUCUGGACGAUCCCCAACUUCCUCAUGAGCCAGGUGCGUAAGCUGAACGAGAACAGUAACCGACGUUACCAGUUUUACGACCGACGCAUCAAGAACCUGCUGAGGAAGAUCCACACAGACAGCCGGGAAAAACCGGAGAAAAACACCUCAGAGCAGAGCCGUACGGUGAAGAUCCAGGUCGGGGAUCUGGUGAGCGGCACCCUGGAGUUUCAGCUCAACAUCAACUCACGAACCUCAGACCUGCUCGCCCAGUUUCAGCGCCAGUUUCACCGUCAGUUCCUCCGCAGCCCCGAAAAUGGAAAAGGCAAAAUGAGAAGAAACGGCUCGGUGGCGUAUCCGGACUGCGCCGUGUACGAAGUGGGCGGGAACAUCGGCGAGCACUGUCUGGAUGCCGACACACACCUUCAGGAUCUGUACAACCAUAACCCAGGAGGCGAGUGGGUCAUCAAGCUGAGACCCAACGCCGGCCGAGGGCUGUGACACGGAGGCCGUGGACAGACUGAAGGAUUCUGGGAACAGGUCUCUGAAGAUGACAAUAGCAAAGCGUGAGAAAAGAUCAAAUCCACGCCGCCUCCUGUUCAACCUCUGAGCAACACAGGAGAGAGAGAGACAGACAGAUGGAGGGAGGGAGAGGAAAUAGAAAAAGGGAGACUCUGCCGGGAGCAGAGCCUAAAAGCAGUCUAUGAUCAGAUGGACACACACACACACACUGCGCAUUUUCGUCUUUCCCUCCAUCUUCCUCUGCCCCCUCUCCAUCAUUUCUCUCCGGGGCUGCGGUGCCGAGAGCGAAAGAGCUGCUGACGUGACUCAUUACUUCCGACAGAGAACCUGCUGCAUAGAAGAGCGGCCGGGCAGUUUGGUUCACCAUCUUUCCUCCCGAACCGUCGUGUUCAACCAUUAGAGAGCAGAUGGGGCUGCAGAGCACCUCUGGCUACAGAGAGCCGAGUCCCUCCCCUUCUCUCAGGCCAGUCACACUGCCUGUUUUUCAUUCCGGAGCCUUUAAACAAAAAAGGAAACAUGAUUCCUUUGUUUUCUGUCCAUUUUCUACGCUAAAUAAAAUUGCUGCACUUUUUGUUGUUUUUCUAGAAGAGAAAACCCCAUUAUUUAAAGUGUGACGUCUGUAUUGACUUUAAAGCAGAAGCUGACAACACAAGAUCAGAACACACACCCAGAGAGAGAGCUGAGAUCUUUAUUCAGAUGUCGAAAGAAAAGGCCUUUGUGUCAUUUUCACUUUAGAUAUAUGACAAUAACAAGUCUUUAAUGGUAUCAGCUGUUAUCUAAGCAUUUUCUCCUGCACAUGUACUUAUUAUACAGAGUUGGAUAGAAACUCGCUCACACAAACACAUGACGUUCCCUAAAAUCCACCAAACCAGGCUCCUCGAUUCAGAAGCCACAAAAGUUGAAACCCCGGACCGCUAUUUUUUAAAGUCUAUCAUUAACAAUUAUAGAGGAAUAAAAUAAUAAAAAGGAUGCACAUUGAGCUAUAGUGAGGUAAAGGUCAACAAGAAAUCUUCCUCAUACUUUAUUCCCUAAAUUCUGGACAAAAAUCAUAUUAAUGCAUCUUGGUGUCACAUUAUUAUUUCCCCCUGGCCAUACACACCCCCUCAGUUUGAGAACCACUGCCCUGUGUUGAUUACAAAAAUCAGUUUACCUGUUUAUAUGUCUUAAACACACUGCCGAUGAACAGAUGCUCAUUUAGCUCAGAAUAUGGACAGAAAACCCUUUUUUCCUAUUUAAGAAACAUUUAUAGUAAUAAUAAAAAUGGCCACCAGAUAAGAUUCAUUGAAAAGCGCGAGGAACAGAAGCCAAACUGGAAAUGAUGCUGGGACGUCAGCUCUUUGUAAACACACAGUUACAGAUCAAUCGACUAAUAAACCGCUUGAUCUGUAUCACUCUCUCUCUCCCUCUCUCUCCCUCUCUCCUGCCGUCACUUUGACCACAAAUGAAACAAAGAGCGAGGAUCCUCUGCGUCGGCUCCUUUUCUUCCCUCUCUGCCAUUCAAAGCGGGAGAGAGACCCCGGUGAACUGAUACCCCCCCCCUUUUAUCUGUGAAACCCCUGAAAUCUCCUGGGCCUUAUAAAAAUCCACGGACUUCCAAGGACCCUUGACAUGAACAGAUCUGAGCUCAAAGAGACGAUCUCUCUUUUUUUCCCUUCUUUGAUACCGGGGGGAUUUGGUGUCACAACCUCAAGGACAACGAUUGCACGUCUUUAAAAAAAAAAAAAAGGGAGUUGUUAAGGACUCACCGUGAAGCUGGUCUUCAGUUAAACUCAUGAAUGGAGCCGAAAGUGCUGAAGUGACUCCUGGGGUGGACUGGGAUUAUUGUUAUUGUUAUUUAUAUGAAUGUAAAACCGUUGUUGCUUCCGUAUCUGAUGAGUAUUCGGUAGACUAGACAGAUUUUCGGAUAACGCUGCUCUCAGUGUUGUGUUAAGUCGCCCAUACCCAGUGUGGGAAUUUGCAGUGUUGUUGUACAUAUUUUUUUUUAACGGACCUCUUUAAAUCUGUUUCUCCUGAACAGAACAGUGAGAUGAAUUUCUUUGUGUAAAUAUUUCUCAGUCCUGCUGGAAUCUGUGCAGCAGGACGGUUUGAUGUGAUCGCGUAGCUUCUCGAAGCCAUUAAGUUAUUCCACAUACACACACACACACACAAAGCAGCAAAUGAAUGUGUUUAACAUUUUGUACCCGACCUCACACGCCUAUCGUUCGCUCCUCGCAACCGGAGCCAUGUUGUCGCCGCGCGGCCAUUUUGUGGAAGCGUCUCGAACACUGCACUCGAUAGACAGAGUAAUGACAGCCGGCCCCGGCACCGACAUCCAUCAACACCCCUCCGCUCCAUCUCUGUCACCGCCCUAAUAAUGGCCCAUAAUGGCAGCACAGCGCCUGCAUCAGAAAGGCGGCGGAGGAAUCACAUUUCCUUGAUAAAGGAGGGGGUUAAUAAAUGGCUGUUAUAAAUUCUGAUGGCCUGGACCUGGCGACAGCAGCAGGAGCGUGUGCGUAUGUGUUGUGUGUGUGUGUGUUUAUGUGCAUACAUGUGUGUGACGAGCUUCAUUACACAAGUCCAAUUGGCCCAUCCCAGGGUCCCGGGCACAGUUCAGUGCCUCGGCACAAAGCGAGCUGAUGAAACUGCCUUCUGCUGACAAUCAGGAGAACUAGGUCACCUCUGAAGCAGCUUCCCAGAGGGCGAGCGGAGUGUGAGUCCACACACCCCCGAGCAGCGGAGCACAUGGACGCAUAUUGUCCAAACACACAUGACACACACACACACGGACAAAAUAAGGGGGCAAAAGUUCACACACACACAACACCCGUUUCCUGUUGACUCUGUCUGUGUUUGUAAAUAUGUGAAUGUUUGUGUGUGUGUGUGAGAGAGAAGGAGAAGUUUAGCUGUAGAUCUCUGGAACUGUUUAAGAUCACUCAACACUAAAUGAUGGACAGUGAUGUGGACACUAAUCAUCAAAAUGUGGCUGUGCUGUCACUGUGGUUGAAGAUUUUAGUCUUCAGACAUCAGAAUGUAUAUUUAUGCCCUUUACACCUGUCAUUGUUUUUUAAUACGUAUGUGAAAACA